AAAAAAAAUAAAUAAAUAAAUAAUAAAUUUUUAUUGCAAUGUCAGUCUACCAACACGAAUCACCAUGGGGCAUCCUCGAUCCUUCAUUAGAACAACAUGCUUAUUUCUCUAAAGCAAAUGAGCCUACACCGUUUAUUCCUGCAAUACCUUCUCCUCCCCGUAUCCAAGAUGAACAAGACAUAAAUCUAGAAAACUGUUUAAAAGAACUGGACGAGAUUCAAGAAGAAUUAAUGGCGCAUCGUCAUACGUUUGUAUCUUGCUUUUUAGAAAAUUUCAUUAUUUCUUUUAUUUUUCUGACUAAUGAUUUUCCCAAAAAAAUGUAGUAUUUAUUCAGAAAAAUUAAAAGUCUUGCAAAAUGAAUUAGCCAGUAUAGAAAAUGAAACACACAAGGUGAUUGUGAAACAAGAUAAAAAACUAGAAAAGAAGAGGGAUAAAGAAUUAAAAGCUGCCAAUGACAUGUAUGAAUUUCAAUUACAAUCCAUUGAUAAACAAGUCCAGCAUGAAAAAGCCCUUGUCCUUCAAGACAUUGAGCAAAAAGCAGAUUUCGCAAAUCGUGUAGUAACUUCAGAAGGCACGAGAAAGAGAAAGCACAAGUCGCCUACGGCUGUCACAGAUUCAGAAGACGAAAGUGAAGGUGAAGAAGUAGAGUUUCACCGAAUCCAUUUAAAGAAAAAGAUGGGCAGGUUACAGGCAAUCUCAGACCGUCAAAAAGCAACCAAAUUCAAAAAGUACCAUGACGACGAUGUACCAAAUCAAGAGGAAUUACAACAUGAUAUCACCAUGAUGAGACAAAAAUGUGCCUAAAAUAGGGUUGAUUUUAUUUUAUUUUAUACCCCAUCAAAUUU